AUGCACACAUCGGCAAAUAAGGCAAAUAAUAAAUAUUUAUAAACAUGCCGAGUUAUCUUUGCCCAGAUUUAAAGUCAACUUUAUUGUAAGGUGCGUGCGAUGAGACGCGGUGUAUUGUUAUUUUUAUAGCUUUGUAAUAUUUGUAUUAGCUAAAUAUCGACCCAUUCGCACUUGGCUUAACUUUUUCAAAGCGGCUAGCUCGUCCUCUUUGUUGUGUGUGCUAUUUAAACCACAAAUUCCAUUAAUGCGCUCAUCAUAUUUCCCAAAAUACUCUGCGUGCAUAGUACGGUUAUUCGAUUGCAGCCAUGGUUUACGCAUAUCUUCACGAACUCGCAUAUCCUAUGCAGAAAGGACGAGGCCAGCUGCUCACCUUUACUUCGCCGGGUUCAACAAAUACACCAUCCAAAAAGUCAACAUUACGGCAAGCAAUUUUACCUUAUUGCAAAAAUUACUGUGACGUCUCCUCAUUGCAUGGCAUCCAUUACGUGACUGAUAUCAAACGUCCACGCUUUGAACGUAUCAUCUGGAUGCUGCUACUCAUUGCUACCACCUGCAGUUGCAUUUACGUUUACUCGGAUAUGGCCGACCUGUACCAAUCGCAACGCAUUGAGACCGUUGUCCAGGAUUCAAUGACGCCCAUCUUUAUCAGGCCAUUCCCAUCGAUUGGCAUAUGUCCCCGCAACCGCAUCAAUUGGCCAAAGCUAUUGAAAGCUGAUCAAUUGUUUCUGCCGCCAAAUGCUACCGCUGUGGCUGUACGCACAUUUCGCCAAUUUUUUGCUAUUUUGUCUACUUCUCAAUUUGGCGAUUUUUUUUAUUUGAAACCACUAACGGAACUUGAAUUAGAUCUGUCCCUGCUAGAUAAUGUGGAUAUCGCAGAAGUAAUGCGGCAUGUAAGCUUAACAUGCGAUGAAUUUUUCGAACAACCCUGCUAUUGGCAACAAAUUGGCUAUAACUGUUGUGAGCUCUUUUCCUUGGAACGAACAGAAAAUGGUUUCUGUUUUGUCUUCAAUUCGGUAGUCACGGAAAUGGAUAGAGAGAGACAGCGUAAGGAUCGUUAUUAUCCAUAUCACAACUCGAAAAAUUCCGUUAGAUCUGGCCUUUACGUUGUUGUGAACCUUGACGGCAGUAAGCGGCAUCCAAAUUACACCGGUCCAAUUGGAGUCAAUUUAAUGGUCAAACUGACAGAUCAAUGGCAUACUACUGCACGCUUUAUUCGACAAAACACAGACUCAACUGUAACAGUGAAUGCACAAUUAACUGUAACCGAUGAAAGGACGCGUUCAUCUACACCCAAGGAACGAAAAUGUUUAUUUGAAGAUGAAGACGAGCAUCCACUAUAUAAGACACUGCCAGGAUUGAAAUAUCGACGUUCCAAUUGCUUCACACGCUGUCGUCAGGAGUAUACCUUCAAUUAUUGCAAAUGCAAUAUGGACUUGUUCUUUCCGCAUGAUCCAAACGACAAUGUAACCGCAUGCAAAGCUAAGGACUUCAAAUGUUUCUAUGAGUAUAGAGAUCUUUUUAAUGCUGAUCAUCACGUGUUGGAAAGUAAAUAUCUUGAUAAUGUGUCCAAUGGCAGUAUGAUAUGCGAGUGUUUGAGUAGCUGUGAUCAAAUGAUAUUCGUUACCAAUUACAUCAGUUCGCCGUGGGAGGGGUGAGUUUUCUCAAAACAGAAAAUCGAUCGCUUAGAUUGAUACAAAUACGGGUACAUAUCGAUAGUCCUAUGCAAUAACGACACAAUUCAAAAUUCGAAAAAUAA